AUGAGUCAUGCAGCUCUUCAUGCAACCGCCUGCAUCGGAUGUCGCAGACGAGGCCGUAAAUGCGAUCGGACACUUCCUUCAUGCUUGAGUUGUGAGAAACGGGGUGUAGCUUGUGAGGGCUAUGUUACGAAGUGGCCUGGUGUAGCUGCACGAGGAAAGUUGGCUGGAAAGUCAAUUCCUGUUGCUGACAGUUCGGUUACUAUCACCAAGACUAAGUCAACGUCAAGAGUGAGGCAGAAACAGAUAAAACAAAAGGCAUCUGCUCAAGACGGCAGUGACGCCCAGAAUGCUUCGAGUAGUCGCUUGACGUUCAUCCCAGAUGAGGUUGAUGGAUUUGUACAGCAUUAUAUCGCUGAUCUCAGCAGUAUCUUCUUUCUCGGGAACGGACCAAGCGAAAAUCCCAUGUUUCACUAUGUCCUGCCUUUAGUCAAUACAGUCCCUCCUAUCCGCUUCGCCCUCGCUGGAUCUGCGUCUUGUCACAUUGCAGCUAGAAAUUCGGACGAGGCCUUGGAGCAGAAGAGUCUACGACUACGCGUUCAUGCUACACAUUUACUACGUGAGAUGCUGCAGAACCCAAUUAAAGUUACGGACCAAGUCAUCUUAGCUAGCAUUUUGAUGCUAGCCCAGCUUGAUAUGUGCUCAGGGGACUGUACUGAAUUUCAAACGCACCUCAAAGCCGCUGCAACUGUCAUCCGUAACCAAGAUUAUAAUGGCGCAGCGAAUAAAUAUUAUUUUGAGCAGAGAUUGGCAUGGCUUGAUAUUAUGAGCUCCACAACCUCAACUCAGCAGCCAAAUUUGACUCUUGAAGAAGUCAAGAUAAUCAUCGGGCGCUUCUCUACAAAUGGGAAAAGACAAUGGUGCUACGAUGUGUUCCCAUGCCCCAUUGAUCUAUUUGAGAUCAUUAUUGAGACGACAUUUCUCUUCAAAAGCCAAGGCAGGCCAAAUCCGGAUACACUACAACCAAAGGUUACACAUCUCAGAGAUAGACUACGUGAUUGGAAAUGCCCUUUUAUGUUAGGCUCACGCAAGCACAUGGUGGAAACUUGGAGACUAGGUAUCAUGACUUAUAUACAACGCCUCUUCCCUCACUCUAGCAGAGAAGCGGAGGCCAAAGAUCUGUCGAGUCAGGUGCUGGAUCUCGCCGAGCAGAUUUCACCCGCGUCGUCUUGGAGCUAUGCCUUGCUUUGGCCUUUAUUCCAGACUGCUGUCAUGCUAAGUGAUGACGCGGUGGAUGAGAAGGAUGCGAUAAGGAAGCGGUUGAGGAUUGCGCUUGAGACUAUUGGGUGUCGGCAUCACAGUAAUGCACUUGAUGCAUUGGAGGUUGUUUGGGGACGGAGAGAGGCGUUUGAUCCUUAUACUAUUAGUAUACCCGGCAGAACGAUCAUGCUGGUGUAG